CAAUAAAAACAUUGGCGUAGUAGAUUUGUCCUGAAACGGACUGAUGAGUGAAACGACAAAGUAAAGAUUGAUUGUGAAACCGUAGAAGAUGAAUUUUUAUUAAAUUUGAGUCCGUGCAAUGAAUGUCGAAGAAGAAGAAUCAUUGGAAGUCAGGCAAAGAAAUGAAAUUCAGGCGCUACAAGCUAUUUUCACAAGUGAUUUUGUUGCAGUGAAUUUGUCAUCUAAUAGUGAGAAAUGGUCUCCCCCAGAAUUUAUUUUGCUGUUAAAACCUCAAAAAGGAUUAUCACAAGAUGAAGUACAUGCAACAGUACAGUUACGUGUAAAAUUUCCUUGUGAUUACCCCCAGUCACAUCCAUCCAUUAAACUGGAAAAUGGAGAGGGGAUCUCUUCCAAAGAUAUUGAAAAGUUGCAACUUGAAUUAGAGCAAUUAUGUAAAGAGGGUGUAGGGGAAGAAGUUACUUUCAACUUGGCUCAUCAUGCUCAAGGUUUUUUAGCAGAGAGAAACCAAAAACCAAGAUUCCAAUCCUUUCAUGAGGAAAUGUUGGCAGCACAGAGAAAAAAUAUGGAAAAAUCUGUGUUAGAAGAGAAGUCAAGGCAAGUGAGGGAAGAUGAACAGCAGCUUAUUGCAUUUUGUGAAGAGAUUCAAAAGAAACAACCUGCUCUGUUAAGUGAGCUUCGAAGAAUAACAAACCUAGAUCCUAACCAACUUCCCUUCCUUGAAAUAAAUCUUGGUUCUUCACAAACCAGUAAUAAAAAUGAAGACCAAUCAAAUUUGGAUCACACAAUAGAGGCACAAAAGUUAUGCACACAUCCAAAAGUUAAAAAAAUUUCGUUCUCGAACAAGGAUGGAGGUCGAAUUUAUUACUGUGGGCCGUGCUUGGGUAUAUGUCGGCCAAAUAGGUAUAUUUGCGCUGCUGUGGAACCCAAUCUGAAAGAAGCAGCAACUAUUACAACCUAUCAGAUUUCUGGUGUGAACCUGGAAUCUCGACGCAAGCAAAUAUCUUUGGUUGAGCAAGAGUUUCGAUUACUGCAACGUAAUGUUCACCACUCAGCUCUCAUUCCGUUGCUAGCCUUCAAAUGGGAAAUGUCAGAAGAUGAAGAAUGCUUUUAUCUCUAUGUUGCGGAGCAACUUGUGCCUGGAUUAUCCUUGAAUUUCUUUAUUAAUAGAGGCUUUAGCGUUAGCGUUGACAUAUUGCGCCAUAUAACCGGUAACAUACUUCAAGCGCUUCAAGUCCUGCAUAGAGCUAACGUGGUACACAAAAAUCUUCGUCAUAGCAGCAUUUUUCUGGACAGCUUUGGUGAAGUUAAAGUCGGUGACUACAGUCUUGAGUCUAGGAUCAAUGAAAUUUUUUCCAUUCAAGAUGAUCGACCUUCGUUAUCGAUGUAUCCUUCUGCUCCUGGAAGAGGGGGGAAAAGAGGAGAUAUCCACCGACUAGGCAUUCUUCUUUGGACUUUAUAUCAAGGAAAUAUUGUUCACCGUUGGGAUUGCCUGAAGCUUCCGUCAUCCAUGCCGCUUUUGCUAAGAGAUUUAAUAGGGAAAUGCAUUGGUUCUGAUAUUGAGAAAGAUAGAAUGAGCAUUGACGAACUCUUAUCACACGCUUUUCUCAAGACGCCGAUUUUUCGAGAACACCAAGAACAGGAGGAGAGUAGAGAUGACGAUAAAUUUCGAUCUGAUGUUCCACAAGUUGCUUCCAGAACGGAAAUGCCUCAUAUCCCAUCGAGGUUACUCAGCGAGUUUGAAACACUCCAGUUCUUGGGCUCUGGGGGGUUUGGAGAUGUUCUUAAAGUACGGAACAAGCUAGAUGGCAACAUUUAUGCAAUUAAAAGAAUAUUGCUUGAUGCCAAAAGUCGCCAACUCAACAAAAAAAUUACUCGCGAAGUCAAACUUCUUUCUCGUCUCAAUCAUGAAAAUAUCGUCCGGUAUUACAACUCUUGGUUGGAAACUGUUCAGACUGAUUCGCCUUCUCGUUCAGGACAUAGCGAAAGUCGGGACGACCCCAAAGUUAACGGAAUGAAGCAAAACAACGUUGCAGAAUCAGACAGCUCGGAUUUAUCUCAUUCAAGAGGCCCAUGGUUUAUCAAGCCUCAGGAAAGCAGUUCAUCAGGAGGUAUCGAGUUUGACUCAGAUGGUCUAGAAAGCUCAUCGUCGGAAGAAGAGGAAUCUUCCAAGGAAGAAGACACAGUCGAUGCUCCCAAUUCUUCGUCCCGCAGUCUGCAAAGCAUGUACAUCCAGAUGGAGUAUUGUGAGAAGAGUACACUGAGAACCGCCAUCGAUUCUGAGUUAUUUCGUGAUAAACCACGAAUCUGGAGGCUUUUCCGGGAAAUCGUCGAAGGAUUAGCUUACAUUCAUCUACAAGGAAUUAUUCAUCGCGAUCUAAAGCCCGUCAAUAUAUUUUUGGAUUCGGAAGACCGUGUGAAAAUAGGAGAUUUUGGUUUAGCGACUUCCAGUCCGCUUACAACUUUAGCCACAGCGGCCACCGUGGAUGCUAUUGAUGGAGCUUCGAAUCGAAUCGCGCUAUCGAAUGACAAAUCAAGUGAAAUUGCCUCGAACUCUGGGCAACUCACAGGUCAAAUUGGCACAGUGCUUUAUGUCGCGCCAGAGUUAAAAGCCAGUUCUGGCAAAACCAAUUAUAACGAAAAGGUAGAUAUUUACAGUUUAGGAAUCAUCUUUUUUGAAAUGUGUCAUCCACCACUGCUCACUGGCAUGGAAAGAAUAAAGGUCCUAAGCUCUCUUCGAUUACCAGAAAUUGUUCUCCCGGUUUCAGAUAAUCUAACUGGCAAAGAGGUUCAGUUAAUUAAUUGGUUACUGAAUCACAAUCCAAGUGCGCGCCCCUCGUCCACGGAAUUGCUUCAAUCCCCGAUUUUGCCUCCUCCGCAGCUAGAAGAAGCUGAAUUACAGGAAAUGAUCCGCCAUACUCUUUCCAACACACAGAGCAAAGCCUACAAACAUUUGGUGGCUUCAUGUUUUCAGCAAAAAAUGACCAUCUCUGAAGAUCUAGUCUACAAUAUGGACAUGACCUCUUCAGCAGGAUUGCAGCAAUCAGCCUGGAUUUUUCAGGCCGUACAAGAAGUUUUUGUUAAACAUUGUCAGCGAAGAGGGGCUAUUUACUUUAAGACUCCGACAUUAUCUCCUAAGAAGGGUCAACCAAAUCAAGGAUUCUCACAGGUUCUUUUGAUGAAUCACGCCGGUAGCAUAGUGACUUUACCAACGGAUCUUCAAACUCCUUUUGCCCGAUUCAUCUCCCGUUCCAAUCUAACCUGGCUAAAACGUUACUGCAUAGAUUAUGUUUAUAGCGAACGGAAACUCGUAGGCCUUCAUCCCAAGUCGUUCCCGGAACUCGCAUUCGACAUUGUAACCCCUUCACCGUCAUCAGUACUUGCAGAUGCUGAAGUUUUGGUCACAAUUUCAGACGUUUUCUCCGAUCAGCGCUUGAAAAUUGAAAGGAAAAUAACGCUCGAGUUGGGACAUCAUUUGCUUCUUAAAGGCGUGCUGAUCCACUGUGGCAUCCCUGAGGACAAGCGUUCGGAGCUUUGCCACAUACUUAAAACGCGCUCGAAAUCCGAAGGGCAAAUUCAAAACAAAACAGCGAAAUUGGCUAUCUCGCGCCAGUCGAUAGAUAUGCUUUUAAAUUUGUUGGAAUUGGAAGGAAGUGUGGCCAAGGUUACAGCUGCGUUGACAAAUUUAAUAAGUCGGAAAGGAGAAGCAGCAUCUUUGGCCAAACAAGCGCUACACGAGCUUGACGCGAUUGCCACUCACGCUGAGUGCAUGGGGUUACGAAAUACCUAUAGCAUACGCAUCGACACCGCCCUUCAAAACUACACUACCCAUUGGGGUAUGGUCUUCCGAUUUGUUUGUCGAUCGAACUUGAGAAAAACUAAGAUUGACGACGUCUUAGCGACCGGAGGUCGUUACGAUGCAUUGGUCAGAUCUUUUCAGAAUGCACUUGUCAAUCGGAAAAAAGUAGAUGGUGAGCCAAUGAGUCAACCCACAGUAGUUGGUGGCUUGAUCCAUUUAGACAGAGUUGCAGCCAUCCUGAAAGAAACUGAGGUUAUUGAAGAACGAGUACUCGUCUACGUUGCUAUCUGUACCGUAGGAUAUCGUCCUCAGACCAAGGAACAAGCCUCAUUAGUUAAGGAUUUGUGGAACAACGGGGUUCGCGCCACAGUGUUAGAUCAUUGUCAGAGUCUUGAUGAAGCUCAAAUUUGGUGCAGAGAAAAAAAUGUGCCGCACAUAGUAAUUCUAAAGGAUUCCGAGGUUGGUUCUGCGAGGUUAAAAACAUGGGAAAAAGAUCGAUAUACUGAAAGGAAAAUGAUGCUGGGUGAACUGAUUGACGUUUUAAAGUGUAGUGCCGAAUCUGCAAACGACACGACUGAAUCUUUGGUUUCACACACUCGCCAAGAUUCUAUGAACAGAAGUAAUAGUUUAAGUGAAACUUGCGGCAAUCAAACGGCCACUAGUUUACAAGGUAUCGCGGGUAAUCCAAUUGUGAACUUUCACAUCUUAAUCGAAGAAAAACUUCCUGUUCAUGCCAGAAAGCGUUAUGAAAAACAGAUUCUAAAGCAUAUUCAAACAACGCUGCAAAAUUUUCAUUCGCGAGUUCAAGUCGAUAUCGUUGCAAUAGAAGCUACCGCGGUUGUCGUUCAAUCGUUAUUGAUUGCCCUUUAUGUUGAUCCUAGCGACGCAAAGGCAGUAGAACAAGCGAUUGGAGUUGUCGUUGAUAAACACCGGAGACAACGCAAAUACUUGCAGAGAAUAUACGAGCAACUUCUUCAACUCAAAUUUGAAAAACAUGUUACUGUUCUGAUGAUCUAUGGACUACACGAUAAUUCCAGUAGAAUUUGUAUGUAAUGGCUAGAUUACUAAUGUAAAUUGGGGUGAAUGUGUUAUUUUAUAUUUUCUUAUUUUAAGAGUGAAAUCAAAUCAAAGUGUUGUAACUUGUAAUUUGCUGCUAGGCUAGGGUCAACAACCCUGACGUUUCUGAAACUGUUUACAAAAUGGAAAAUAAAAGCAGUUUAUGAUGUGUU